CUAUGAACGAGGAGCAGUUUGUGAGCAUCGACUUGGACGAUGACAAUGUUUGCAGUGUCUGCAAGCUCGGCACCGAGAAGGAAACGCUGUCCUUCUGCCACGUCUGUUUUGAGCUGAACAUCGAAGGAGUACCAAAGUCGGAUCUUCUACAUACAAGGUCCUUAAGGGGGCACAGAGACUGCUUUGAAAAAUUCCAUUUAAUAGCAAAUCAGGACUGUCCACGAUCAAAGCUGUCUAAAAGUCCAUAUGCAGAAGUAAAAAAUAUCUUGAGCAAAAAAAUUAACUGGAUCAUACAGUAUGCACAAAACAAGGAUUUGGACUCUGAUUCUGAAAGCUCAAAACCAUCCCAACAUCAGCUUUUUAGCUUCAGACAUCAGACUGAUAGAAAACUACUCCCACAGUUUGACUCCCCAGUACCUAGAUACUCUGCAAAAUGGAUAGAUGGGAAAUCUGGAGGCAUCUCAAGCUGCACACAGGCUCUUCUGGAACAGAGAGAACCCACUGAUUUUAGACUUGGUGCUACCUUCUGUUGCAGCAGCGUUUUGUGGUCUAACCACAACCAGGUCCAGAAAGCUGAAAAAGCUGAAGAUGAUUCACUUAACAGUGUUCAUAGGAGACAUCCUCAAUACAGCAGGGAAGAACUGACUACAAUGACUUCAGGAGAGUUAAAGCAGCUUAAUGAAAAACUGCUCAAGCAAAUCCAGGAUGUGUUUGAAGAGCUGACUCAACAAGUCCAAGAGAAGGACUCUCUGGCCUCCGAGCUCAACGUCCGUCACAUUGCUAUUGAGCAGCUGCUAGUUGGAUUAGACUGUGAUAAAGUGAGGGGAGGGGAGAAAAGAAAAAAGAAAAAAUCCAGUCAUGGGAAAGAUGCUCUCACCUACACCACUAACAAGCAGGCAGGUCAAACUGAUCUCCAUUAG